GGGAGGGAGUGUGUCUGUGUCUGCGCGCGUGGAGCAAUAAGCCAAAAUUGUAAGUCAAGGGAGACCAGACCAGACCAGCGCUGUCGCGUCCGCCCAUCCCACCCGCUAACUGGGGCGCUGGGUGCACUGUUGCUGUUGGCUGUUACUGGGUGGGCUGCUGCUGCUACUAGCAACUGGCUGCGCGGGUUGGCGUGGGUGUUGGUUGCGCCGCGUGCGUGCCCGUGCAAUCACUCGCCCCUAGCAAAAGCCGGCGCCCCUCUCUUUUCCCUCUUUUACCAGUCCCCCCCUCCUCCCACUCACUACUCCUCUCCUGCUCUUCUCACCAUACAAACUCUCCCUCACAAACACUCACAAACACACAGCAAAACCGCUUUGUGUUUUUCUUCAACUUCCACCACUUUUUUUCAGUUUUUCUCAAAAAACCACCAACUCAUUCAAAAUGGCCAAGGCUGCCGCUGCUGCCCCUAAGAGAGGCAAGGUUGAGAAGCGCCGCACCAAGAAGGACCCCAACGCCCCCAAGCGUGGUCUCUCUGCCUACAUGUUCUUCGCCAACGACCAGCGCGAGAACGUCCGUGAGGAGAACCCCGGCGUGUCUUUCGGACAGGUCGGCAAGAUCCUCGGUGAGCGCUGGAAGGCUCUCUCCGACAAGCAGCGUGCCCCCUACGAGGCCAAGGCUGCCGCUGACAAGAAGCGCUACGAGGACGAGAAGGCCACCUACAACUCUGCUUAAGUUGUGAGCGCCAUGUAUCUCUAGCCAGUUGGCAAUGUUUUCUAUCUAUUUCCUUUGUCACUUGGGAAGGAAGGUGUUGGUACGCCCGUAAUGGGUCGGGUCGUGUACUUUUUAUGCUCUUUAGGGUGUCGGAAAUGAAACGAACAAUGGAUUUAUUCAAAUCAUUUUACUAUUCCCCCAUGAAUGCACGUAGUCUUAAGUAAUGUGAAAUUCCAUCACCAUCCACCACC